AUGGUCAAGAAAAUGAAACUCCCUUCAAUCUUUAAGAACCAAGAAACCAAUCCUACUUCAUGGAAAUGGCCUCUGGGGGCAUUUUCAUUCCAACAUAAGGUAAGUACUUUCAAAACUGUUUACUUGGCUUUGUGUGAUGCAGCCAAGUUCAUGGCAAUGCUGAAUUCCUCAUGGUCGGAAUCAAAGACUAUAGCCUUGACACACAAGGAACCUAAAGAGGACUUGCUGGAGAUUGUGGUUAAUAAGGCAAUAAGAUCGAAGAGGCUGUUCUUCGAGCCAGGUAACACAAGUUCACUACUAGAUAAUCAUCAUGAUGAAGCUAACAAGUUCCCGUUCCCUGAAUGUGUAGCACUAGUUUUAGACUCUGAAGAUCCUUAUGCAGAUUUUCGCAAUUCGAUGGAGGAAACUGUUGAGACAUGUGGAUUGAAGCAUUGGGAGGAUGUUGAGGAGUUAUUGGCAUGGUAUUUGAGAAUGAAUAGGAAGCAGCAUCAUUACUUUAUAAUUGAGGCCUUCGUUGAUCUGUUUUCCGGUGCCCCAUCUUCUUGUUUUUCUUGUCCUAUUUCUCACAAUGACUCUGCUUCAUCUUCAAAAUCAGAAGAUUGGUGGGUGAUUGAAGCUAAAAGGUUGAACCCAUCUAUGGAAAAGGGGAAAAGUCCAAAGAAUACCUAA